GUUCUUAAUUUUAAUUUAAAUUAAACGUAAUGUACCUAAUUACUAUUUGGAUUUCCCUUUGGCAUAAAUAGCCAGGGAACAUAACAUCAAAAAUCCCAGACUUUCGACACAAUAUACUACUGAUCCUAACACAAUUCUAGAGGGUCAAAAUGGUAGAGAAGUUUGGACCUUGGGACAAAGACCUCGUGCAACGUCGACUCAGCGUCUCAGGGCAGCCAAAGCCUACUCAGAACUCCCUAAACGCGGAGUUUAAAGUGGGGACGCUGAAAGGCUUGGGAAGAGACAGGAAGUCCUCAGGCGAACUCGCCAUUCAGAAGCAGAACUGUGGCUUCUUCCGCCUCCAGCGUCAUCGGCCCCCAAUCCGCUGUAACAAACGGCUAGCGCCUCCUAGCAUCAAACAAUGAACUUGGAAAUCAGUUUGCGACCACGCAUCUACGCCUCUUCUGGUAAACGAGGCAGUGGGGUCCAACGGUAACAACGUCAGAAUCGUAUCUCUCGGUGGGUCACUGCAAACGCCUACCUGCAACGGAACAGUUAUCUCGCGAGACGACGGGUCCCCAAAAGGCACAAACCUAGCGCAAAGGUUGGUUGUGAAGGUAGAUUCAGGGUGCGGAAGGGGCUUUGUGGUGCCACCUCUAACCGCUCAGAGGUUAACCCCGAUUCUACACCGAAAACUAGGCCUUGGCUGCUAUGGAAGGGCAGCAGGAGCAAGAGAGCCACGCAACCCUAGCACUCGCCCAGGCUCAUUUCAACAGGGGCGAGUACGCGGAGGCCGAAGCGCUAUACUCCGCUUACAUUCGCCAGUGCGCCUGCAUGUCCUCCAGCGGCUUGAGUCCCGGGAGCAAAUGCAGCCCUGAGGAUUUGGCUACUGCAUAUAACAACAGGGGGCAAAUCAAGUACUUCAGGGUUGAUUUUUAUGAAGCCAUGGAUGACUACACAUCUGCCAUAGAAGUCCAACCCAAUUUUGAAGUUCCAUAUUACAACAGAGGGUUGAUACUGUAUAGGCUGGGAUAUUUUGAUAAUGCUUUGGAAGAUUUCAAGAAGGUAUUAGACUUAAAUCCUGGAUUUCAAGAUGCUACUUUGAGCUUAAAACAGACUAUUGUAGACAAAGAAGAAAAACAAAGAAGAAAUUUUGAAAAACAUUGAAAUUUGUAACUUAAUUCCUUACAUCUGCAUCUAGUUAUCAGUAAUUUAAAAUAGAUAUUGAGCUAUUUUGAUUUAUAUUUAAGAAAUUUAUACAUUAGCAUUGAAAGUUAAUGUGUUUAAGGUAGUUAAUUUCAGGUUUAAUGUUUUUUUUAUGAAGUGUAAAUAUCAAUGUAUAUGUGUAUAUUAUUAAAUAUUACAGUAAAAAGGAAUGUGUGGUGUUUUCUUCAGUAAAACUAUUUUUGUAAUUUUUUUUUAUUCUCAACUUUUUAUUUUAAAAAUGUUAUAUCUACAGAAAAGUUGAAAGUAUAAUGAAAUACAAAUUCUUCAAUUAGAUUCAUUAGUUGUUAACAUUGUGCCACAUUUGCUUUUUCUCUAUAUUUAAAUAUAUAACUUUUUGCUGAACCCUUUGAAAAUAAGGUGCAGAGAUCACAGUACUUCACCUUUAAAUAUUUCAGCCUACGUUUUCUGAAAUUGAAGACAUCCUCCUUUAUAACCACACCACCAUUAUAAUACCUAAUAAAAUAAGUAAUUCUGUAAUGUCAGCCAUUC